CAACAUGUCAAAUGCUUGUUCUUUUUAAUUGUUGUGUGAAAACGAAAACACAUGUGCUUCCAUAAUUCUAAAACGAAAUUUCUAAUCAAAUUCAAUAAAAUAGUGUAAAACUUUAAGGAAUUAAAUUGAAAAUACGAAGGAAUCAUGGCGGAUCAUGUUUUUCAUCGGCCUGGGCCGUUAAAACAAGCCAAUAAGGCACAUAAAACCGGUAGACAUCGGUCCAAGGGUGCCAUUGAUAAUGCCCUGAAAGGCAAGGUAUCCAAUACGGCCAUUUCACACAAGCAUAAACAAAUUCAGCGCAAGGAACAGAGGCGUAAUCAAAUUAGCCAAAUGCGUAAAAACAAACGUGAGGAGGCAUUAGCUUUGAAACGUCAAUUGGGUGGCCAAAACACCGCGCCCUUCCUGGUAUGCAUCUUGCCGAUGCAUCAACAAAUCGAUGCCCGUUCAGCAUUGGCCAUAUUGGAAAGUUGCGAUGAAGAGGCUAUUGUGGAACGUACACCUUCGGGUGUUACUUACAUGAAUCUGCCACGUUUUAAACAACGUUUUGCCUUUAUUAUACCACCAGUGGGUCGUGGCAAUGAAUUAACUGUUCUCGAUUACCUGAAAGUAUGUGAUACUACGUUAAUGUUAACCUCCGCCGCUAUGGGUGAAGAUGAUGUUUUUGAUAAAUGGGGACAUCGUAUUUUCAAUAUGAUCUCAGCUCAAAGUAUACCAACACCCAUUGUAGCACUCAUGGAUUUGGAAUCGAUAAAUCCGAAACGUCGCAGUGGCGCAAAGGCCGCGGUGCAGAAAUUCAUUUCGAAAUUGCUGCCCAAAGAAAAAAUUAUGCAGUUGGACACCAAUAUGGAAGGUCUUAAUGUAAUGCGUCGCAUUGGUGGCCAGAAGAAGAACAUUAUCUACAAUCGCAAUAAUCGUCCCCAUCUCUUUGGUGAUCACGUUGAAUUUAUACCCAAUCCAAAUCCUGCCGAAGAUGAAGGUACACUCAAAGUUACCGGUUUCUUACGCGGCACGCCGCUUGAUGUCAACGGCCUAGUACACAUUACUGGCUUGGGUGAUUUUCAAAUGUCUGAAAUACAUGCACCACAAGAUCCCUAUAGAUUAGAUAAAUAUCGUAGUAAUCAAGAUUUAUCAGAUGUACGUUUGGUAGCCAAGGCAGAUCCCAAUAAACAAACAUCUUUGCAAUCGGAAAAUAUACCCGAUCCAAUGGAUGCUGAACAAACCUGGCCGACAGAAAAAGAAAUAGCCGAAUCACAAAAGGAAACGAAAAAGAUGAAAUUAAUUAAACGUGUACCCAAAGGUUAUAGUGCCUAUCAGGCAGCUUGGAUUCCAGAUGUUGAAGAAGUUGAGGCCGACGAAGAUGAUGAGGAGGAUGAUGAUAUGGAUGGUGAUGAGGAUGAUGAAGACAACGAUGAAGAUGAAUUUAUGUCUUGUGAAAAUAAAUCAUUUGAUGGUGAAUGUGAGCAGCCGGAAUCAGAUACCGAAGAAUAUGUUGAUACUGCCUCCGUAUCGGAUGCUGCCAUAAAUGAUGAGAAAUACGAUCAACAAAUGGAUUUCCAAGAAGAACGUGAAACAAUGAAAAAAAUUAAAGAGGCUCGCAUUGAUGAAAUGUGGCCCGAUGAAAUUGAUACACCAUUGGAUAUACCAGCACGUACAAGAUUCCAAAAAUUCCGUGGAUUGGAAUCGUUUAGAACCUCGCCAUGGGAUCCCAAAGAAAAUCUACCCUACGACUAUGCUCGCAUCUAUCAAUUCCAAAACUUUGAACGUACCAAGAGGCGUAUCAUAAACGAAGCCAAGGAAAUUGAUGGUGCUGUGCCUGGUUGGUAUAUUACCAUUUUUGUUGCCAAUGUGCCAGAAAGCAAAUGGAAAGCUUUUAAAUCGGCUCAAUUGACCGAUAAUGUCAUUGUUUAUGGUCUAUUGCCUCACGAGCAUCAAAUGUCGGUGGUGAAUGCGGUACUCAAAAGAAUACCCGAUUCCGAAGUACCCAUCAAAUCUAAGGAAAGACUUAUUAUACAAUGUGGUUAUCGUCGAUUUGUCGUCAAUCCCAUAUUCAGUCAGCACACCAAUGGUGAUAAACAUAAGUUCGAACGUUAUUUCCGACCCCAUACAACAGUGUGUGCCACCUUCUAUGCUCCCAUUCAAUUCCCACCAGCCCCCAUAUUGGCCUUCAAAACCAAUCCCGAUUCAACAUUAGCCUUGGUUGCUCGCGGCUGCCUGCUAUCCUGUAAUCCAGAUCGUAUUAUAUUGAAACGUGUUGUGCUCAGUGGCCAUCCGAUGCGCAUUAAUCGUAAAUCGGCCACAAUACGUUAUAUGUUCUUCAACAAGGAAGAUGUGGAAUAUUUCAAACCCGUCAAACUACGUACCAAAUGUGGUCGUCUCGGUCAUAUUAAGGAAUCUUUGGGUACACAUGGUCACAUGAAAUGCUAUUUCGAUGGCCAGUUACGUUCUUACGAUACGGUGUUUAUGUAUUUGUUUAAACGUGUCUAUCCCAAGUGGACAUAUGAUGAGUGUCUGAUAACAUGUGAGGAUAAUGACGAAGAGAAGAAAACGGAGCAACCAGAAGCUAUGCAAGAAUAG